CCGCCACGACAGUAUUUAGUAUAUUUAUAUGGGCACUACACUGUAAGAGUGGAUAGACUCGCAAUAAGUUGAUGAGGUAGCUGACUACGACAACCGACAUUUUCAAACCUCCUGAUUUCACGGCCACGAGAAGAGAACAUCGCAGCGAAUACAAGAAUUUCACGGUACGCACCCCCAUUACCAGAUUUUCAACAUGCUGCUCUUUCUUGUUGUCGCGGUAACCUUCUGUGCGAAGAUGACAUCAUCGAUGAACAGUCACCGUGGUAACGGAGCAGACUCCAACGAAUGCGUGUUAGACUUACAAAUGAGUGACGACCCAGAGAGAUCAAUGACGCAAAUCAAAUAUUUGGCAUCGGCCUUAAAUUUAUGUGGGUUCGUCCCAGAGCUACCCAAGAUGAAAUUGCGAUAUUUAGAAAACACAACAGUCACGUGCAACGACGGCUCGCCAGCAGGGUAUUAUUUAUAUCCGUCAAACGGCAGCACAAGAUGGCUAAUAUUUCUAGAAGGUGGUUGGUAUUGUUUCGAUGACGAUAGUUGUCAGAGUCGUUGGGAAUCAAUGCGGGGACUUAUGAGCUCAACAAGAUGGACACCAGAGAAAGCAGGUUCCGGUUUACUGUCACCUGACCCGGAAGAGAAUCCUAAUUGGUGGAAUGCAAAUAAAGUGUUUAUUCCAUAUUGUUCGAGUGACGUUUGGAGUGGCACGGCUCGGGCGGAUCAAGGUGGCUAUGCUUUUAUGGGCGCAUUGAUUUUACAAGAAGUAAUCCGGGAAUUGAUACCACAGGGACUUCUAGUUGCAAAUAAAAUAUUAUUGGCUGGUAGCAGUGCUGGUGGUACUGGUGUGCUGUUAAAUCUCGAUUACGUGUCGGAUAUGUUGUCAGCGGCUGGUAGCAACGCUGUAGUACGGGGUAUAUGUGAUUCGGGAUGGUUCCUUGAUACAGUCCAGCAUCGCGCUCAACCAUGUACAAACACUUUGUCAUGUGCGCCCUCAGAGGUCAUAAAGAGAGGAAUAAAACUAUGGAGUGGCCAGGUACCAGCACGAUGCAGUGAGGAAUAUAGCUACAAUGAUCAGUGGAAAUGUUUCUUUGGUUACAGAAUUUAUCCAACUCUGCAAACACCAGUAUUUAUAUUCCAAUGGCUUUAUGAUGAAGCACAAUUAGUUGUUGGCAUGACAGGCCCACCAGCAAAACUGGAACACUGGAAUUAUAUGCAGCAGUUAGGAAGAGAACUCAGACACUCUCUGAAAAACGUAUCUGCGGUGUUUGCUCCAGCCUGUUACUCUCAUAAAGUCAUAGAUAAGAUGCAAUGGUUAAAUGUGCAUGUAAAAGGCAUCUCACUACCUAAUGCCUUGGAGUGUUGGUUGAACAGUAACGAAGAAUCUAACCAUUCACUCAGAAACAAUGAAGAUGCUGCUCCAGAAGACUCUGAUGAUCGCCAGAUGAUAGUACACCCAGCAAGUAUUCAAGGAAGAAAACAACGACAGGAAUCUGACGAAUACGAGACGCAUGCACAUACUGUCCACCAAAGCAGAUGCCAUCACCAUGUCAUAGAUAACGCACCCUGUCCACAGUGUAACCCAAUGUGUCCCAAGCUUGUCAACCCAUUUACAGACGAGGAAAUGGAGUUUCUACCAUUUUUAAAACUGAUGGGAUUUGAUCUGUCUGGAUUGGCCAAACUUCUGGGACUGGAUGCUCAAACGAUGGCAAUGAUGAUGGAAGGUUGAUCCAACAUUACUGUUUUUGAGAAGAAUGUGGGAUCAAUUCUUUCUUGUGAACACAAAACAACUUUUGUGUGUGAUACUCAAAAAUAGAUGAGUAAUACAGUUUACCAAAACAGUCACUCUCCCAGGCGUGACAUGUAACACAAUAUUCUAAACAAACUAUGAAAAUAACUAGGUUGAAAAUGACUUGUUUGUCAUAAACUAGCAAACCUGGAUGUAAGAUUCAGUUAAAAAUAUGUUUUUUACGGAAGUGUUGACAUAAUCCUUCUGUUACUAGAAUUCGAUAACUGUUCUUCAGUUAUCCAUAAACGUUGGUGAAUCGGAUAGAUUACUGACAAUUGAUAUUUCCACAUCAGUUGCAUACAUAUCCCAGAUGAUCUUUGCAUGAUGGGUGCAACAGAUAAAAUGUAGGAAAAAAUGCUAUACUUAAAAUGGAACAUUCAAUAUCAUAUUGCGUGAAAAUAUGUUAAGAAUAUUUAUAAAACUAUUAUUUUUGUAAAUAACGUAUUUCUUUGAAAAAUGUAGACAAGCCUUUUGCUGUAAAAAAUGCAAAAAAAUAUGAAUAUGGGUAUUUGAACUUUUAUACUAUUAUUAUUGAUAUAUUUUUUAUCCUUCAACGGUUUUUAUCAUUCUUUUUGAGAUACUUUUAUUUAGAUAUUAGAAAAACAAAGUGUCUGUCAUACAGUAUGGUGUUUAAUUCUACACAAAAUAUGUGCCACGGUGACUGGUAUUUUGUCUUGACAAGUUUUGUUUGUGUGAACAUUUAUACUUAUAUUUCCAUACACUGCUCCUUCUGUGACUAGGACUAUACCAGCGGCAUAAACUAAUUAAAGCAUUUAUAUUGUAUUUAUAUCUUCAACACUUCAAGUACAUUUUAUUCAUCAUUGUACUGUACAACAAACUUGCGUCACUUGUGAUCAACAUUGUGGUAUCGAUUUAAUGCUAUCAACAAUCCUCAACUACCAGGAAUGCAAAUCGUUUCUAAUAUACUACUACUUCCAAUAAUACAACAGGGCUAUAAAAAUAUUCAGUAGAAAAUGUUCUGUUGUUGCAUUAUUUUGUAUUAAAAAAACGUUUAAUAAG